CCGAAGCAGAGCAAGCUCAAGUGAGAGGGCAAGUGGAACGCUGAUGUCUCGGGAAGCAAUCCAGCCAGUUUAGGCCAUGAGCAUCUCGGACUCCAGACAUCGUCCCUCGGACCUGGGGCGCGUCUCCUUUCCCAUCCAGAAGGACCGCCUUGACUCCCCUUCGCCCGGCCUGAGAAACCCGUCCUGGCCCCGGACGCCGGACGAGGAUCCCAGUUUGCCCCCCUUCCCCCUGGAAGAGCCUGGCCCCAGGUCCAUCGCCUCAGGGAACCUUCCCUCUCCAGCCUUGUCCCUAGAGGAGGAGGAAGAUGAUGAUGAAGACGCGGCCGAGCCGGAGGCUCUGCGCAGCGAGGAGCAUCUGAGCCAGUUUUUCGCGGAGGCACAGCGGCUGCGGGAGCAGAAGCUGUUGCUGGAUGAAGAGGUGUCAGUCAGGGGGCGAGUAUACGGAGUGCAUCGGGUCAUCUUGGCCGCAGUUAGCAGCCUUUUUCGAGGCAGGCUGCUGGGCGGCAUUGGUCCGCGACCUUCCUUCAGCCUCAACGUGGCCCCCAGGGCCUGGGAAGCCGUGCUGACCUUUGCCUAUGAGGGGGUGCUGGGUCCAGUCCCCCUGGAGGAUGUGCUGGCCGCCGCAGAGGUCCUGGGAGCGCCCCGUGUGAAGGCCGCGGCCCAGCGGAAACUGGAGAGGACUGGGAGCACCCAGGACGAUGAAAAGCAGCCCAGCCAAGCAGAGGAGCUGAGGGAGAACCUGCGCAGCAUUGAGCUCUUAUACCAAGAGGGCAUCGGGUGUGACCUGGAGCUGGAGGCAGGCGGCUGCCCGCUGAGGGUGCACCGAACAGCCCUGGCCUGUGGCAGCGAGUUCUUUGGGGCCAUGCUCCUGAGUGGGAUGAGGGAAUCCCAGGGCACAGAGGUAUCUCUGAACACCAUGUCUGCCCAGGACCUGCGACUCCUCGUCUCUUUUGCCUACUCUGGUGUUGUGCGGGCUAGAUGGCCAGGACUGCUGAGAGCUGCCCAGGCUGCUCUUCAAUACCAGAGCUCUUCCUGCCUGGCUCUGUGCCAGACAGCCUUGGCACGGGGUCUCAGCCCUGCACGUUGCCUGGCCCUCUUCCCCAUGGCUGAAGCCCCUGGGUUGGAGAGGCUCUGGAGCAAAGCCCGUCAUUACCUCCUCACCCACCUGCCCAUGGUGGCUUUGUGCCCCAAUUUCCCUUCUUUACCGGUUGCCUGCCUAGCUGAACUCUUGGACUGUGAUGAGCUACACUUGCAGGAGGAACUUGAGGCCUUUGUGGCUGCACGGUCUUGGCUAGCUGCCAACCCUGAGACCCAGGAGUCAGAGGCCAAGGCCCUGCUUCAAUGUGUCCGCUUUGGACGUAUGUCCACCAGGGAGCUUCGGAGAGUACGGGCAUUGGGGCUGCCUCCACCUCUGUCCCAAGACUUGCUGCGUCAAUUGUUAGUGGAGUCUGAGAUUCCAGGUCGAGAGAGGCGGAGGGAGCCUGACCAGGCUUUGGUAGUGAUUGGUGGGGACAAGCUCAGUUCAGACAUGGCCAUAAAAGAGCCAUCCCGAGGAGUGUGGUGGGCCCGGGCCUUCCGCUGCGGCAUUGGACUGGUGCGAACCAUAGAGUGGGGCCGGCUGCCUGCCCUGCCUGCCCCAGGACGCUUCCGGCACGGGGCUGCGAGCCUAGCAGGAAAUGAACUCUACGUGUGUGGGGGACAGGAUUACUACAGCCACUCCAACACUUUGGCCUCUACUCUCAGGUGGGACCCCAGUCAAGAGGACUGGGAGGAAAUGACACCUUUGUGCCAGGCUCGGAGUUUUUUCCCUCUGGUGGCACUGGAUGGAUUACUUUAUGCCCUGGGUGGACGAGCCAAUGGUGUUGCCCUAAAGUCUGUGGAGGCCUAUAACCCCGAGCUCAAUGAAUGGAGGCCAGCGCCUGCACUUCCAGCACCACGCUUUGCCCACGCAGCAGCUGUUUUGGAGGGCCGGCUGUACAUGACUGGUGGAUGCAACGGGAGUAGCCAAUUCCUGACCUCAUUGCUGCACUAUGACCCCAAACUUGAGAAGCCAGGAACACCUCUGAGCCCUAUGAGGGUGCCUCGAGCUGGCCACGUCAUGGCUGCUCUGGGUGGGCGGCUGUAUGUAGCAGGUGGGUUAGGUGAGACUGGGGAUCUGCUGAGCUUUGAGGCCUAUGAACCAAGGACUGAUAGCUGGACUCACCUGGCACCCCUCCCCUCCCCCCAUGUGGGAGCUGCAAGUGCUGUGCUGCAGGGGGAGUUCCUGGUGCUGGGGGGUUACAGCCACCUUACUUAUGCCCUCUCCCACCUUAUCCAUGCUUACUGUCCUGGCCUGGGCCGAUGGCUCUGCCUGGGAACCCUGCCGAGGCCUCGGGCUGAGAUGCCUGCCUGCAUCCUGAGUCUGCCCACUCUGCAGCAUAUAGCUUUAGGUCCCACAAGGCACCAAACCAAACCCGCUGGGUGAGGGUGGAGCAGCAGCAGUGGAUGGGGGAGGAAGGGAUAAGACACAUCAUAAGAGAAGGACAGAGAUGAUGGGAGUGGAAGAGCAUUCUUUAUUCGUGGUAGUGUUUUAUUCUAGUACAGUGCUUUACAAUUUGUAAACUGCUUUUGAAUAUAUGAUCGUCAUGGAAGAAAAGGUGGCUCCAGAAUUCCUAGGGAAAGGUCAUUGAGGAAGGAGAGCAGCCAAAUGCCUAGGUAAGGAGAAGAGACCCAGAAGCAAUUCUACAAGAUUUGAGGACCCUGUUAUGAUUCUUCAUGGGAAAAGUACAUCUAGCUGGGAAGACAGUCAAGAGACUCUAGUAGCCAAAGUGUAGGGGCCAUGAGAGGACAGCGUGGAAAAUGAUGGUUCUGACCCAUGGAUUCGAGGAGAAAAACAUGGAAAGGCCAUCCAUGA